ACAAAAACAGGCUGACGUUAAUUUUUUGCUUUAGGCCCCAUUUGUGGUUGAGCCGACCUAUUUGUAGGUUGAAGCUUUUCUCAAUUUCUUCCUUCAUCGACCACCAAUUAAUGCAUGCAUAAGGGAAACAUUGAGCUGAUUGUGUAUUCCUUUGUCUUUCUAAUAAUUGUCACUAGGAAAAGAACGAGAAGAUAGAAAAUUAGACACAGCUGGUUGUGGACUUGAAAUGGAAAACUCAAGUUCAAAUCAUGAGAUCAAAGAUAACUACGGCGAAUUGGAAAAUUCCAUUAGACAAUUGUUAACAUGCUUGCCACCAUCGUCGCCUCUUGCUGAGAAUUGUAUCUGUCGAGUUCCCAGAAAACUUCGCCAAUUAAACGAAGCGGCCUACACACCUCAGAUGGUUUCUAUCGGACCUCUUCAUCAUGGUGAAAAACACUUGAAAGGCAUGGAAGAGCAAAAGAUGAGGUGUUUACAGUCAUUUCUUGCUUGUGAAACAAUUAAUUUGGAGGAUUGUGUUAAAAUGAUAAAGAAUUGGGAAAGAACAAUCCGGAAUUGUUAUGCAGAAAGCAUUAAGCUUAGCAGUGAUGAAUUUGUCGAAAUGAUUCUACUCGAUAGCAGUUUCAUCAUUGUGGCCAUGGUGGAGUCCGACUUGGAAUACUUUCUGGGAUCAGACUUGCUAUUACUUGAAAAUCAGCUUCCCUUCUUUGUUCUUGAGGGACUUUUUAACAUAGCCUUCAACUCUCAACUUUCAUUUCUAGAACUUUCAGUAGCGCAAUUCAAAAAUUUCUUUAUCACUAAUCACAAACCUGAUUUAAAGCGAAUCACAAGAAGAUCGGGUGUACGACAUUUUAAUGAUUUAUUGAGGAUAUAUCAUGCACCAUUAUCUCAAAGGCCAGUGCCAACAAACAAAUAUAAGUACCUACGAAUUCAAAAUGCAGCAGCACUUCACAAGGCCGGAGUGAAGUUUGAGGUUGGCUCCUCAUCCGAAUGUUUGCUCGACAUACAAUUUAAUAAAGGAGUGUUGAAAAUCCCACACUUGUGCAUAACAGACAAUACAGAACAAUUGCUUAGAAACAUCAUUGCUUUGGAGUGGUAUCUUCAUGGACAGAACAGCUACAUAAUUGAUUACGUUGGUUUCAUGGAGAACCUUAUUGACACCCCUGAAGAUGUAAAAAUCCUUGAAAAGAAUGGAAUCUUGGAGCACUGGCUUGGUGACAAAUCUGCUGUUUCGAACCUAUUUAACAAUCUUACAACACAUGUUCCUAUGAAGAGUGACAAUUACUACUUUUAUGGCAUUUCUGAACAUUUGAAUUCGUAUUGCAAGGUUCCUUGGCACAAUUGGAAAGCAACACUAAAACGAGAUUAUUUUAGUAGCCCGUGGAGAGUUGCUUCAACAGUUGCUGCAAUUGUAUUACUUAUGCUUACUUUCAUACAGGCCAUUUGCUCUAUCAUCUCCCUUUGAAUUUAAGACACUUAUGUUUGUCUACGUAUGUAUUUGAAUUCUACUACUGUGUUCUAUUAUUGUUUGUUUUGACAUUCUAUUGUUUUCAAUUGUAUGUUCAAGUUGUUUUUCUAUGGUUGUAUUAAUAGAAAUAAUAGAA